AUGUCUGAAUGGCAGUCUCCCUCCUGCGGUCCCAGAGGCCGACCUGAGUGUAAAACUCCAAAAUGGACAUCAGAGCAGGGUCGUCCAUGCCUGCUUGGACUCUGGGCCCCCAGUGAGCCUCAAAGAGCCCGUGCCCUCGCGAGGCUGGCAUGCAGGAUGGCAGGACAGCCCAGCCACAUGCCCCACGGAGGGAACCCGAACAACCUCUGCCACACCCUGGGGCCCGCACACCCUCCUGACCCACAGAGGCACCCGACCGCCUUGUCUUUUCGCUGCUCGCUGGCUGACUUCCAGAUCGAGAAGAAGAUCGGCCGAGGGCAGUUCAGUGAGGUGUACAAGGCCACCUGCUUGCUGGACAGGAAGACAGUGGCUCUGAAGAAGGUGCAGAUAUUUGAGAUGAUGGACGCCAAGGCUAGGCAGGACUGCGUCAAGGAGAUCGGCCUCCUGAAGCAACUGAACCAUCCGAACAUCAUCAAGUAUCUGGACUCCUUCAUUGAGGACAAUGAACUGAACAUUGUGCUGGAGCUGGCGGACGCGGGUGAUCUAUCACAGAUGAUCAAGUACUUCAAGAAGCAGAAGCGGCUCAUCCCGGAGAGGACCGUGUGGAAGUACUUCGUGCAGCUCUGCAGCGCCGUGGAGCACAUGCACUCGCGCCGGGUCAUGCACCGCGACAUCAAGCCUGCCAACGUGUUCAUCACAGCCACGGGCAUCGUGAAGCUGGGCGAUCUCGGCCUGGGCCGCUUCUUCAGCUCAGAGACCACUGCGGCCCACUCCCUAGUGGGAACGCCAUACUACAUGUCACCGGAGAGGAUCCAUGAGAACGGCUACAACUUCAAGUCUGAUAUCUGGUCUCUGGGCUGUUUGCUGUAUGAGAUGGCAGCUCUUCAGAGCCCCUUCUAUGGAGACAAAAUGAAUCUCUUCUCCCUCUGCCAGAAGAUCGAGCAGUGUGACUACCCGCCUCUCCCCGGGGAACAUUACUCUGAGAAGUUACGAGAACUGGUCAGCAUGUGUAUCCACCCUGACCCCAACCAGAGACCCGACAUCAGCUAUGUGCACCAGAUUGCCAAACAGAUGCACGUGUGGACUUCGAGCACCUGA